AAGAAGAAGUAGCUUGAACCAGUUGACUACGAGGCUUUCACAUUUUACAACUGGAUGCCAUUGGAUGAUUCUAUUGUCAUCCAUGAAAUUGCUGCUGCUGCUGCUUGUCCUCACCAUACCCACACAACUGACUGGAGUUAAAAGAUUUAAUCACAAUUUGGAAUAAGAAACACCCCAGCAGCUCUACUGAAGAGGAAAUAACUCCUUUCUAGAUGGAAAAUAAGGCAACAAAGAAUGUGAGCUGUUCACAUUAAUCUCUGAAAGUAGGAAACAACAAAGUCCUUUGCCUCCUCUUUGCAGAAGGUUUUUAGAAAUCUUAAUUUCAAUAGAGUUGCUACAAGGUGGACUAGCUAUCCCCCAAAUGUGCUGAUUGGUUUUGCAGCAAUUCUUUGAGGUGGUGAAACACUCUGGGAUCAUCACCUGAACAGCAAGGGAAAUAUAUGACAAUGAUGGAUGAACAUGCAAAAGAGCAAAACUAUAUUUCAAUUAAAGAACCCCCCAAAAAUGACCAGUAAUCACUGCCAUUACUGCAUGGAAUCCCUUCUUGGCAGGAGGUAUGCACUGAGAGAAGAGCAUUCUUACUGUGUUACGUGCUAUGAUGACCUCUUUGCUAACUCCUGUGAAGAAUGCAAGAAGCCCAUUGAAUGUGAUGCCAAGGAUCUCUCCUAUAAAGGCCGCCACUGGCAUGCAGCGUGCUUCAAGUGUGCCAAAUGCAAUCACUCUUUGGUGGAAAAGCCUUUUGCUGCCAAGGAUGAGCUCUUGCUGUGUACUCACUGUUAUUCUAAUGAGUAUUCAUCAAAGUGCGUCCACUGUCAGAAGGCCAUUAUGCCUGGUUCUCGUAAAAUGGAAUUUAAAGGAAAUUGCUGGCAUGAAACUUGUUUUGUUUGUCAGUACUGCCGGCAGCCUUUAGGAACAAAGCCUUUGGUUACCAAAGACAAUGAGAAUUAUUGUGUGCCAUGUUUUGAGAAGCAGUUUGCACGCCACUGCUAUGCCUGCAAGAAGGUGAUAACAACUGGUGGAGUGACCUACCAUGACCAGCCAUGGCACAAAGAAUGCUUUCUGUGUGCUGGAUGUAAGCAGCAACUGUCUGGGCAACGAUUUAUUUCCAGAGAUGAUUAUCCAUACUGCCUAGACUGCUUCAACAAGCUUUAUGCACAGAAGUGUGCAGCCUGCAACAAACCCAUUACUGCUCUUGGAGAUGCCAAAUAUAUCUCAUUUGAAGCACGCCAGUGGCACAGUGACUGUUUUAACUGUGUAAAAUGUUCCAUUUCGCUGGUGGGCCAAGGAUUUCUCACACAGCAGGACGACAUUCUCUGUCGUGAAUGUGGCUCUGCUGUAUAGUUAGAGACACACACUCAUUAUUCUCUCAUGCUGUAACCAAGUACUUCAUUAGCCUGCAGUCAGAAAUUCAUCUAAAGGCCCUAAGAGUUAUUUAGUCAUUCAAGUCACUCUCCAACAGCAGUUCAAUUCUAUCACAGUGCUCAGCUGCCGCAUGCAUGCCUUGUGUCUUGUAACAAGAGUUUUACGCAGUUCUGGUUAAGAAAACAUUUCAAAAGAAAUGUCUGCAUAUAUUUUAAUGGAAAUACAGUAUGUUCGUCCUUGUAAAACAGUGCACUCUGCCGUUGGGAGCUUUAGGGUUUCAUAUUACAUAAUCCAAAAAUUACUAUGAAAAAUCUUUAUUGGGAAGACAUAAUAGGUGACCUUAAUGAAUAUAAAUUAUACCAGUACUCUAUUGAUCCAGACAUUGAGGUGUAAAGUGGUGGUGACAGUAGAGAAAUGCAUCCCCAUUGGGUCACAAUAUUUAAUCUGAACAAUGCCCCUCUGCGCUCUGAACCUCAAGACUGCUGGACAGACAAAGGAGGCUGCUGCCAAAGUAGUCAUUCUGCUAUGUACAGGAGCUGGGGGGGUAG